UUCAUUUCAGCGUUCUUCGUGAAAGGUGCUCUGAAAAAUUUAUGUUUGAAAAAAUAUGGCGUUGCUUAAGUGGAGCUGGCAGCUCUCAACGCUGCUGAUAACAACAUUCAUCUGCACCGCACACUCUCAACAAAACUACACCGACCCAAAUGAGCAAUUCUCACUCAACGAAGAGGCAGCCCAACAUCUGCUCUCCCAAGUCAACGAUGUCUAUUGGGCCAGCGCUACAGCAUAUCGUCAAUUCGCCGACGACACACUCAGUCCCGAAAUUUUGAUGCGUGAAAAGUUAAGGCCCUUCUAUGAGACCAUGCAAAAAUUCGACUGGCAAAAUUUCGUAGACCCACUACUGAAGCGACAAUUUGAAGUGAUUUUGCGCGGCGCCAAAUAUCCGCCAAUCAAUUAUAAGUUUAAGCGGGCCACACACACGCUAAAGAACAUGCCGCGCAAGAAGUGGGUGUGCAACAUGAAGGAACCCACCCAGUGCAAUAUGGCUUUUGUGCAUCAAAUCAAGUCGAUCUUUACGAAUAGCGACGAUCUGGAUGAAAUUAAAUAUUACUGGAAGGAGUGGCGCAACAACAUGCCCUCUGAAGUUAAGGAGGCGCUGCACUACUACAUCGCUUACUAUCAAAAUAUGAGUACGCCAGAUGUGCAACCAUCAGCUCACUGGUACGAUCAGUAUGAAGAUCCGCAUAUGAUCUAUGAACUGGAGCAACUAAUGGAUGCGCUGCGACCUUUCUAUCGCGAAAUGCAUGCACAUCUGCGCAAUGUGUUGCGGCACAAGUACGGCGACGAUGUGAUACCACCCACUGGGCUCAUACCACACCAUCUCUUGGAGCAGGUUACCUAUCAGGCGUGGAAGAAGGAGACUGUGCUGCAGAAUCCCUUUCCCCAACGCAAACUGCCCAACCUACAGACCGAAUUAGAUGGCGAGGGCCUGCAGCCGUUCGAUUUGGUCAAUAUUAGUGUGCAAUUCUUUAGUUCGCUGGGCUUCAGGAAUCUGACGGACGACUUUAUUCGCGAGCACUUCAUUCAAAUGGACGCCGGCACUGGGGGUCCUGACUGCAAGUCGCGCAUUUUCGAUUUCGGCGAAGUGGAGUUGCACUACUGCCCCAAGGUCUACUACAAGAAGCUGUUGCAAACACACGCCGACAUCGCCGCGGUGCAGUAUGCGAUUGAGAAAAAUAAUUUCCGCGUUGGUCUGAAUCAGGAAGCCUGUCCCGGAUUUGGCGCCGCUUUGGGCGAGGCUGUAAUUUUGUCUGUGUCUAAUCCAAAACACUUACAGCAACGUUUGGGACUCUUGAAGAAUUAUGAGUACGAUGACAUUUUGAACUUGAAUCGCCUGUACCGAAUGGCUGCUCAUACACUGCUUACACUACCUACUUACUUUGUUCACGAAAAACUUUGGGUUGACAUGAUUGAUGGCAGAGUGCAACCGGAACAUUAUAAUUGCCACUAUUGGAAUCUAAUGCAGAAAUAUAUGGGUGUUGAACCGCCAGUAGAAACCAAUGCUGGCGUAUAUGAUAUGCCUUAUAAGUUCUACGAAGGCAUUGUUGAUCAGUUUCGUAGCACAAAAAAAUUGUUUGAUGAAUUUUUGGGCUAUCAAAUUUAUCGCGUCAUCUGCUUGAACAUUGGCGAGUAUGAGCGACGUAAUGCCUACAAGCCAUUGGAUAAUUGCGACUUUUAUGGAAGCAAACAUGCAGGGAAAUUUCUGUACGACAUGAUGAGCGCCGGCUCUUCCAAGCCCUGGCGUGAGGUCAUCAAACCAUUAACCGUAAUUCAUUUGACAAAUAUGACAGCCACAGCAUUCCUGGAGUACUUCGAGCCUCUGAACACAUGGAUCAGCGAUGAUAAUGUGAGCAAGAAUCUGCGGGUCGGCUGGAUGCCAAUCGACAAAUGUAAGCGUGGCACAGCGCCGCUACCGAAUGCCACCAACGUGGCUUAUUGAACAAAAACAAAAGUGAAAGGCGUAAAUGCGUGGCACAUGUCAGCACGUUUCAAACUGUUAUCUGUACAGAAUCUCAAGCA